AGCUGCAAGUCGACCCUGUGCAGUAUCGAUUAUUCUAUCGAACUUCUUGCUAGUGUCUUCUACUUUUCAUAAGAAGGAGUACUCUGAUUUGAAUAAGAGUUACACAGAACGACAACAAAUUCCCAAGACACACUGACAGUUGAUCAUUCAUUGCAGUGUGGUGACAGAAUCGUUGCAUUCAUCUGCAUUAAGACUACAAUAACCGACACAAUGUCAAUAUCCUCCACUUCAACGUUUGAUCACCUUGAACAAGGAUCAUGUAUCAGUGAAAGACCACAGGAGAGAGAUUUACUGGAAAUUGAUGUUAAACAUAUCCCAGACCAGCAUGCUAAUUUUGCACGUGUGUGUCGCGCAGUUAUCGAGGUUCUCACUGUCGUGAUGGUAACCGUUCUUGAGAAACAUUUUAGCCCCAAGAACAUUUCUGCUGAGUUAAACAAGCGCUCAAGGCACAAUCUGAACAAAGAACAGUGGGAUAUGAUAAAGACAGCAAGCAUCAAGAAUACUUUUGAAGGUUUUGAUAUACCUUUGGCAUACCAUAUUUUGAGGAAUAGUGCUAAAAUUCGGCGACCACAUAAUGAUUGGGGAAAUGAACCAGAUGCAGACGACACUAAGCUUGCAGACGAUAUCGAGAGAAUCAGAAUAUAUAGAAAUAGAUUCUAUGGUCAUACAUCGCGCUCAGAAUUGUCGGAUUCACAAUUUGAGCAAAUUUGGAGAGAGUUUAAGGACAUUUUGUGUCGGAUGGAUAAAGAAUUCCCGAGGAAAGAAUUUGAAAAGAAAUUGAACGAAUUGAAGCACUGUCCAAUGGAUAAAAAAUUGGAACAUGAAAAUAAAAGGCUUAAAACCCGUACUAGGCAAGUUUUGCAGGAAAAAAUCUUAAAGGAUUCGCAGACGCUUGAUAAAAGAUUCGUGUCAUCUCGAGCUUUCUCGGAAGUAAAGAGAAGAAUACAGACUAGAAACUUUAUCAACAUUGUCGGUAAUUCCGGGAGUGGCAAAACAUUCAUGGCUAAUCACAUUGGAUUAAUGUAUCGACGAAAAGGAUGGAAACUUACAUUCUUAGAAGACAUACAAGGAUUAGCAUUAUAUGAUGAUACAGAUUUAUUAGAGGAUGUUCAUCAAAUAUUCAUCCUGAAUGAUCCACUGGGAAGAGAUCAGGUUGAUAUUCUACAGUAUCACAGUUGGAAGGCAUCUGAAAAUUUGGUAAGAUCACGACUGUUAAAUGAAACUACAAAGAUCCUAGUGACUUGUAGGAAAAACUUGGUUAAAGAAAAUGCCAUAUGUGACACAUUAUUGGGCGAUCCUGAAUAUAUGGUAGACAUUGAAAGCGAGGAAUGUACUCUAACCAAAGAAGAAAAAGAAAAAAUACUAGCUCAGUAUACGAACAUAUCGAUUAUACCAGAUGAAGACCUGGAACAAAUUUUGCGGUGCAACAUGUACUUUCCACUUCUAUGUAGGCUAUUUGGGCAAAAUGAGGAAUAUAAAUCGCUAGGUAAGUGCUUCUUUGAUUCGCCACGAACUUGGGUUAGAAAACAAAUCCAGUGGUACAGAGAAAGAGACACGUUGAAAUACAUGUCGCUUGUAUUGCUCGUCAUCUACAACAAUAGUUUGGAAUUGAGCACUUUGGAAGAUAUAAAUCAUGAAGAUUUUCAACAAAUAUGCGAAUGGUGUAUAUUGCCCACAACAACAACAAAAACCGAUGUUAUGGAAAACUUGAAGCUGCUGGAGGGAAUAUUUCUCAAGAAAGUUAAUGAAAAAUAUAUGUUCUUGCAUGAUUUUGUUUCGGAAGUAACAGCAUGCUUGUUUGGAGAGGAGCAUCCCAAAGAAAUGAUUCGAUAUUGUGACAUUUCUUUUCUCGGAAGAAAUAUCAGAAUAUCUCAUUCUCCCACUGAUUCAGCAAAGACGAGUUCUGUCGUUCAUCUGGAAGAAAAGUACAAGGUAGAUCUUAUCGAUCGAUUUCUGUCCUCAAUUCAACAAGAAAAAAUUCUAGAGGUUUUUGUUGGCCGAAGUUUGGAAAAUGUCGUUUUAGCUGACGAGUUUAAUCUUCGAUUGCAGCAUUUUUCUGACGAGGAUAUUUCCCGUCAAUUUUGUAUGGCAGAGGUAGAGACCAACCAUAUUGAAGACGUGACUGAAAAUGACACUAAAUUGUAUUUUUCUAAAUUAACCAUGCUAUCAAUGAAUAACAGAGUGUCCGCAUUGAUUUUAAUUUCCAUUUUUGCUCAUAACAAGAUUUUUGAAUACAUUUUUCAAAGAAUGAUUCGGUUAGAGACCUCAAAGACGGAAUUACGACGCCAGAGAUUAUUUCCAAUGAUUUGCGCCAAUGGAAAUAACAACAUUGCUGUUUACGCAAUUCAAAAUCUAGGUGAAGAGAUCGUUAACGUGUUCUGGGGUGAGACACAGAAAUAUCAUUCUCUGCAUAUUGCUGCCACUUUUAACAACCUUGAGAUGAUAACACUUUUAGUAGAAAGAAAUAUCGAUAUUGAUAUUUCAUCAUCUAAUGGAAGGACUCCUUUAUCGUUAGCGGCUUCCAGUGGAUAUGUAGAGCGGGAGACACAAAAUUCUGUGCGUGUUUUACUAUCCCACGGUGCGAACGUCAAUAAACAAGGUGAUGAUGGAGGUAGUCCUUUAUUCUUUGCCUGCCAAGAAGGACAUAUCUCUAUCGUCAAAGUUUUAGUAGAAAAUGGAGCAGAUAUUAAUAUACCAGAAAGGAAUGGUGUCAGCCCCCUCUUUAUUGCUGCUCAGGAGGGAAAAACAGAUGUGGUAUCAUUCCUGCUGUCAAAAGGAGGAGUAAAUGUAAAUGGAAGCAAUAUUGAUGGAGAAACACCUUUACAUGUUGCUGCACUUGUGGAUAGCGAACUUAUUUCUCGGUUAUUACUUGUUCAUGGUGCUGAUGUAAAUGCUACAUCUAAGGAUAAAACAAGUCCAUUAAUGAUUGCCUGCCAGAAAGGAAAUUUGAAAAUUGUGGAAUGUUUACUGGAGAAAAGAGCUAACAUUAACGAACAAUCCUCGUCUGGAUGUACACCUCUGCUUCUGGCGGUGCAGAUGGGUCAUACAGAUAUUGUGAAAUCUCUGUUGAAGUCCCAAGCAGAUGUUAACUUAAGUGACUAUGAAUAUAGAAGUCCAUUAUUUGUAGCUUGUCAAGAGGGUUAUUUUGAUAUUGUAGUACAGUUGUUCGCAUAUGAAAAGAAACCUGAGAUCGAUAUCAUCACCAACGAUGAAGACACACCCUUAAUUAUCGCUUCGAAAAGAGGUCAUGAAAAGAUAGUUGAAUAUUUACUCAAACAUAAUGAAACCGAAUUCAAGGUUGAUGUUAAUUCCUGUGACAUAUACGGAGAAACAUCCUUGAUGCUGGCCGCAAAGCUUGGAUACACAAAAGUGGUUGUACAUAUUAUAAAUCGCGAGGCGGACGACCGAUUAAAAAACAACGAUGAUAAAACCGCCUUGUACAUGGCUGCGGAACGAAAGCAAGAUAUUGUGCUGAAACAGCUUUUAGAGUUUAGUACCGUCACUGUGAAUGAACCACGCGCAUGUGAUGGCAUGACUCCUUUGAUGGUGUCGUCGAAAAAUGGACAUAUCAGCACGGUUGAGAUUUUGUUGACUUAUGGAGCUGAUGUUAACCAAUGUAAUAGGGAUGGACAGAACGCCUUCCUCUUAGCACUGGAGGAAUUGCAUAUCGAACUUGUGUUUUAUCUUCUUUAUAAUUACAACCCAAAUGUGAACAAAACUUUGAGAGACGGGACCAAUCCACUAUACAAAGCGUCAUAUUUUGGAGACAACAGCUUAGUUUUAUUAAUUCUCUCAAAAGGAGCGGAAAUUAACCGAACAACUAGUAAAGGAGCAAGCGCCUUAUUUGUAGCAGCUCAGGAAGGACAUACUGAAGUUGUGAGAGAGCUUCUUAAAAACAAAGCCGACGUGGAUUUGAGUAGAAAUGGCAAUGUUACUCCAUUACACAUAGCCGCAAGAAGAGGAAGAAACAGCGUUGUGGAAUUACUCUUAGAACACCAUGCCGAGGUAAAUAUAACGGACAGACAUGGCUUCACUCCUCUUAUGACAGCUUGUUUAGGCGGACAUUACCCUAUAGUUGAUACAUUACUACAAAACGGUGCCAGUGUGAAUCCUCGUAAAUUGGAUGGGAAAACGUCAUUGUUUCUUGUAUCAGAAAAGGGAUUUGAGGAAAUUGUUCGUCUUUUAAUUGAACACGGUGCUGAUGUUAAUAUAUGUAAUGAGAACAGCGAAAGUCCUUUAUAUGUGGCAAAGAGAAAACGACACGGCCGGGUGGUGGAAAUUCUUUGCAAAUAUACGAAUGUAACCCACUGUACUAAAUUUUAAACGUUUAGUUAGUACAGGUGUUGUCCGAAGUGAACUAUGCAAAGAAAAUGGUAUAUCAAUUAACAGCUGAUACCAAAAUGUACUUGUUAAAGUUUGUCGUUACAAAAGACAUUUUUUUAAUUCAUACAAAAUCUUUGAAAAAGAAUAUUCAUAAUUGCAUUGUGUAUAACUGCUACCUUUUCAUAUGUCUCAAAUUCAUUUUCGGGGAUGGUGUAUUUGUAAACUUCGGAUUGUUGUUUUUAUGAAGAAUGUUCAAAGAUUUUUAAAACAAUAUCUGCAUCUUCCCAAAAAGAAAGCAUUGUUUACCUAUCAUCUUAAGGUGGAUCGAUCCUCAUGUGACUUAUCAAUAAUAAUGGUUAAAAGUGCAAAAACUGUAUUAAUUUCCAUUCAAUAUAGUUAAAUUUAAACAAUAACCUAAGAAAAUGUGUAUGUUGCCAUAUUUUUAAAGAUGUCAGACAUAAAAAACGAAAGUAUAUAUUAACAUAAGAAAAUCACACAUUUUCGUUGUACAGAAUAAUUAAAAUAAAUAAAAACUUGAAAUGACACAUUUUAAAUGUCAACAGUUAAAAAAAAAACCUGUUACUUCAUAAAUAUGUAUAAAUUAAUUGUUGUUAUUAGGGAAAUCAUGUAUAAUAGACAUGCUGUAGAAGAAAUACCAACAUAGGAAUUAUUGCCCUUGACAACAUUUUUUUAAUUAUAAAGAAUUGAUUAUCUAUUGAAAAUAUACACUUUUUCAAUAUCAAUAGUUUACCAAUUUUUUUUAUUUUAUGCAGUGAAUAAAAUUUCUCUGAAGAUAUAUUUCUAUCAUGCGCAAAGUUUAAUUUGCAAAACUUAUGACAUCACACGAGGAUCGAUUAACCUUAAGUUGUACGAUAGGAAAAGUUUGAUACGUCGCAGUGAAAUGUAAGCAUCAUGGGUUCAUUCUGCAGGUUAACAUCACUUAAGGAUUAAAAAAUAAUAUGCAUUUUUUAAAAAAAAUUGCAACCACUUCUUAAUAAACUCGAACAUAAUCGGUAAUAUUGAUUAAUGGGUGAUAUACUGAAUAUGGACAAAGAUGCAUUAUUUAUAUGUAUGUAUGAAAAUAACGAACAGUGAUCAAUCUCAUAAUUCCUGUAAGAAUACAAAAUUUAGAGUAGGGCAAACAUGGACCCCUGGACACACCAGAGGUGGGAUUAGGUACUUAAAAAGAUGUAAACAUACAUGUACCCUGUUGACUAGUCAUGAGCCCUAUAUUUUGAUCAGGGAAGGCCAUUCCAAGUUUUUUUUAUGUUUAGCGUCCACCCUAGAAUCAAAAUCAUAUCUCUCUCACAAAUCGGUAGAAAAAACACACUCAACAUUUUUAGUGUAAUAAUAGAAUUAUUAUCAAGAAUUGAGUGAUUUCUCCAUAAACAACUUUUGAUCAUGAUCAAUCAAUGCACUUUUUCCAACCGGAAUUGAACUACAUGUAUCUGUUUGUUGUAUUUUGUUCUGUCAUUGUUCUCUCUUUGUUAUAUAACACAUCAAAGAGAGAAUGCAAACUAAUAGACCAUGUCUGAGACGAAGGGAUACGUAUAACAGGCACAUAUAUCAUUUGUAAUUGUUUGGAAAAUAGUGAUUUCCUCAUUCAGAAAACCUAAACUUUCUGCUUGUAAGAUUUUAGUGAUAAAGUAUUUUUAAUUGCCAGUCUCCCCUGAUUACUGAAUCUAGACCAAACCGAGUUCUCCCUGACCCUCAAAUCAUUUUGAAAAAAAACCCACUCUUGCUUGUUCAAUUUCUUUUUCAUUUCUUAAAUCAUAUACCCUGAAUAAUGCACGAUUACUCUUAAAUGUAUCAAUACAACCAAUUACAAUCAUCUCAAAAAUUCUCGAGCGGGACGUUAAACAAUAUAAAAUCACCCAAUUAGAUGAACUGCGCAUAUUUUAAAACUGAAUGCGGUUUUCACACUACUACCCCUCCUCAGUACUUGCCAUACAUCUAUUUAAAAUAUGUAGGUAUUUAUUACAAUUUCAAAUUACAUCAUAUACGCCAAAGAGAGAGCGAGAGAGUGAACAGCAUGGUCACCAUGUGUAUUCUAGUGUUUUACGAUUUCGGUCCUAAUUAAAAUUAGAUACCGAGGGUACGUGAUUUUUUCUGAUGAAUGUGUUUUUUAUUAUUAUUUCUAUACCUUAAAACCAAUCCGUCCACGGACGUUAUACAUAGAAAAAAACUUGGAAUGGCCUAAACAGCAAUCCGUAGUCAGAAUCAGUGUUCCAAGAACGCCUAGUAAUCGGUAUGAAAAACGUGAAACAGCAUUCAACUUGACAAAGAGCUGCAUCUGUAAAUUAUAUCGUUAUAAUGACCAUAAAACUCGCAAAAUACUGAAUUUAAACAAACUGUAGAAACCCCUCUAACAUCACCUUAUUUGUCAGUAGCCUGUCUGGAUUUAAAAACUUAUAAUUUACAUUACAUGUUCUUGCGUAUCGAAUCAGUUGAGAGAUAUAAACACCAUAUGCAGGUGAUAAUGGAAUAUUGCUACAUAAAUAUGGGAUAGAGAAACUGAAAUCAUCCCGUUUGUCAUAAUGAUGAGUUGUUAUUUUACUGUUAACAUCUAUGUUCAAUAAAAUACCCAUGACUCUGUGGUGAUCUAUUUUUAUUUCGAAUUCACUGGGAUAUACCAAAUCGACAUUUCAGUGAAAACUGUGAAGGAGUUCUGAAGCUAUCAGAGUGUUCAGAAGUAUUGAAAAUUAUGAAAAACAAUAAAUGACCUGGCUCGGAUGGUUUUACAGUAGAGUUCUAUAAUUUUUUGGAGGAACCUGAGGGGUAUUUGUUUGUCAUUCUUUGAAUGAAGCAUAUCUUACAGAACAGAUGUCUACAUUACAAUCCCAAAAGAAUGGAAUAAUAACUUGCAGUCCAAAAGAGGAAAAAGAUGGGCGUAAUACGAAAAACUGGCGACCUAUCACUUUACUUAAUGUGAACUAUAAGAUAGUUUCCUGUGUUAUAGCCAACCACAUUAAAAAGAUCACAAGGAAUCAGGCCAAAAUUUUCUGAGGCAGUGAAUUUAUUUAAGUACUACAGAAAAAUAAAAAAAAUAAAAAAAAAAUGCUGUGAAAAUGUGUUUCAAUGCAAAUCCAAAAUAUUUAGUAAAUGGUCAAUAUAAGAUUUUGUUUAUAACAAGUGAUGAAAAAACCAAAGCUUUAUAGGUUAUAUUUGUUGUUAUUACUUUUAGUAUUAUUUUGUUGAUAUGUAUAUUUUCAAUUCUUUUAAAUUAUGCCUAGCUGUCAAAUACUACUUUAUGUAGAAAUUGUUUUUGUAUGGAAGAUAUUGUAUGCAUGUGUGUGAUUUUGUGUGUGAGAUCAUCUAUGUAGAUGUAAUUGUAAAUGUCUAAGAAUAAGCAUGAUAAAAAAAAGACUUUUCAGUUCAGAUUUCUGAAAAGUUUGGUUCAAUAUUUUGAUACAGUAAUAAAUGCCUUUAUACUUAUAAACUAAUCAUAAUAUA